AUGGAACGCAAUACAAUCAGAAUAGGUACGUAUCGAUAUGAAGAUGGAAGCCGUUACAUUGGAGAUUGGAAUAACAAAGGUUUAAAAAGUGGUUUUGGAUCAUUGCUUUUACCUAAUGGGACACGUUAUGAUGGUUCAUUUCAGAAUGGAUUGUAUUCUGGAUUAGGGACAAUUACUUUUCCCGAUGGAGCUAAAUACGAAGGAGAAUUUAUGCAAGGAUGGUUUCAUGGCCAUGGAGUGUUUUGGAGAUCCGAUGGAAUGAAAUAUGAAGGAGAAUUUCGAGGUGGUCGAAUAUGGGGAUUAGGAUUGAUAACCUAUUCAGAUGGUUCACAUGGAUUUCCCAGAAAUGAAGGAUUUUUUCAAGAUUGUAGAUUAACCUAUCGUCGUCGGUGCCCUAAUAUUAUUCAAAAGUCACAAAAACUUUCCAUGAUAUCUC